AUAUUCAAGCUUAUCUUGUAAAAGUUCGUUUAGAAACGAGGCUACCAGCGGGUGUCAUGUGAGUCAACAAAGAUGUCAAAAUAAUACGACAACUAGUCGCUAUCAACGUGUAUUUCUUAAAUUGUACCACCAUGGCUUCAGUAAGAGUCGCUGUUCGGGUCCGCCCGAUGAAUAAAAGGGAAAUAGAUUUGGAGUCUGAAUUUAUCAUAAAAAUGGAAGGAAAGAAAACAAUCAUCAGCAACCCAAAGAUUCCAGAGUUAAAUGAUAGAGGAGAGGGUGAUCACAGCAGAGAGAGGGCGAAGGCAUUCAGUUAUGACUACUCCUAUUGGUCUGUUGAUAAAAAGGACAAACACUAUGUAUCACAGGAGCAGGUAAUGAAAGAUUUGGGCAAUGAUGUGAUCAGUUCAGCUUUUGAAGGGUACAAUGCCUGUAUCUUUGCUUAUGGGCAAACAGGAUCUGGCAAAAGCUACACUAUGAUGGGAAACCAUGAUGAUGUUGGCCUAACUCCUAGAAUUUGUGAGGAGGGGAGGACAUCAAUAGGAAGAGCUGAUGCAGAAGUACAGCCAGACAUAGCGCUCUCUGGUCUGGAGGUGGAAAAGGAACACUGUUAUAUUGAUAAUGUGGAUGGCAUUGUCACUUUAAGUCCCAUUGCUGAUGCUAUAUGCACAGUGAAUGGUGUCAGUAUAGAGGAACCAACUAAACUAUACCAAGGUGCUGUCAUUCUGUUGGGUAAGACAAACAUGUUUCGUUUCAACCACCCAAAGGAAGCUGCCAGACUUAGACAAGAGCGGAAAUUACUCAGUCCAGACUUGAAGGGUGGUUUAGGCAAGCAGUGGUCUUCAAGGGUAUCCCUCCUUAGUGCAUCCAUGACUGACCUGUCAAGGGCAAGGUCAACUGACAACCUGUCAAUGUUUUCAGGCUUAGGGAAUGAUUUGGAGCAGAGGCACAAAAAUGAGCUGGUUAACUUGGAGGCCAAGCGACAAGAAAUAGAGGAUUUAGAAGAGAAAUUUCGCCAGCAUGAGGAUGCAAGACAAGCUGAACAAGAGAGCAAGGAGAAUGAGCUGGAAAAGGCAAAGUCAGAGUUAGAGGGCAUGAAGCAGCAUUUGAAACAGUGGAAGGAAGAUGAGAUGAAAGGAGAGUGGCAGAAAUUGGAAGAGGAAAGGGAAUACUUGCAUAGAAAAAUGGACGAAGAGAGAAAAAAAUUAGAAGAGAUGGAGAGGAAUUAUCAUAAAUCUGUGAUGGAGGCAGAACAGGAGCUUAUUGAGGCACUGGAAACAUUUGAGAAAGAAAAACAGCUUCAGCAAGAAACAUUGGAAGAAGAAUGGAAACGAAUUGAAGACAAAGACAGAGAGCAGCAAGAAAAAGUGCGAUAUUUAGAAGAAGAAAUUGCCAGAAAGAGGGAACUUGUACAGAGAGAAAAGGCAGAGGUGAAAUGUCAGGAGACGGAACUCAAUUUGAUGGAAGAGGAAAGACAUCGUCUGCUCAGCCAAGAGGAAGGUGGUUCCUUCAAUUCUGAAACAGUGGAAACAUGGUCUGAUGAAUAUGCAGCUAUUCAGCAUGCACUAUCAGACCUUGACACAAGAGAAGAAACACUAGAAAAUGACUAUGAGGAAGCUAAGGCAGAACUCCAAUAUGAGCACAACAAAUUAGAAUCAGAAUUGAAACUAGAAAGGGAUGAUUUAAGAAAAAGUCAAAGAGCGCUUGAUGAAAUGGAAGCAAAAUAUAAAGCUGCUUCAGAAGCAGCAAAUGUUGACAGUGAAGAAGAGAGGCAAGAGGUAGAGCAGCAAUUCAUUACUUUACAAACAAUGAAGAAAAAUCACAGAGAAAAAGAAAACUGCCUUGAAGAAAAAGAAAAGGAGUACAACCAAAAGAAAAUAUCUGAGAUGCAGCAGUUACAGGAGUACAAAGACCAGGAGACGAAAAAAAUAACAGAGGACAGGACAGGCCUUAGAGAUAGAGGAAAUAAUAUUUUACAAUUAGUGGAGCAGGAAUUAACAUCAAAAAGUAAACUCUUACAGGAACACAAAUUGAAAGUUCUCCAAGAAGAACACAUUUUAUCUGAAUUGGAGAAAAAACAUGAAGGUCUUGUGAAGGUUUCUUUUGAACAAACGGGGUGUAUUGAUCAAGAGAAACAAAAAUUGCUCAAUGCACAGAAAGAGGAAGAAAGGCAUGCAGAGGCUCAGGUUGAUGAAAAGAGGGAGUCUGUGGAGUCCAGGAAAAGCCAAGGGCAUGAAGUCCUGGAGGGACAGAGAAGCAGAAUGCUUGACCUAGAAGUGCAGGAAGAAGAGCUGUCGAAAAGAAAAGAAAAGUUUGAGAAAUAUUCAAGAAACAUUGAAGGUGCUCUUUUUGAGAAAAAAUACCAAGUUUUUGAAUUGGAAGCAGAAGUAUUUAACGCUAGAGAGCGCGAGAACCAGGCCCAUAAAGAACAAGUUGAAAUGCUGCAGGAAGACUCAAACACAUGGGAACAAAAAGUUGAGAAACUGAGAGAGAAGGAAAUAAGACUUAAAAAAGAAGAAGCAGACCUGGAAGAAAAACGCAAAAAAUUUGAAGAAGAGAGACAGCAUGAGCUUGACAGGAUAGAUGAUGAAAAAUUCAAGCUUCAGGAAAUGGAAGAACAGGAAAGGCUGAAUUCUUUGGUGGAACAAGAAGUAAAGAGGAGACUAUUUGAAGAGAAAGUGAAGAGAGAAAAACAAAGGAUGACUGAAAAAGAAAAAGAAAAGCAAGCAAGGGACAAAGAAAUCCAAAGGAUUAAGAAGCAGCAUGACAAAGAAAUAGAGAAAUUAAAGAUGCAGUAUGAAAAUAGGUGCCCUAAUGCAGGCUCAUCCAGGGCAAACCCGUAUGGAUCACCAAUGAGUCCUGAUGAUACUUUUAAUAGCAGGCGGUUUGCUAGGAGUUUGUCGAAUUCUUCAAGUAACAAGCUCUCCAAGUCCAUGCCAAGUCUGGCACUGAACACAGAAGACAUAGAAGAACCUGUGGUUGUGGUCAUUCCAUCUUUUACAUUGAGAGGGUAUGGUACAGACACACACCACGAGUUUGAAGUGAAGAUCCGAGUGCUGGAAGAAGAGACAUGGAGUGUGUUUCGUCGCUACAGAAGAUUCAGAGAGAUGCAUGAGCAUCUGAAGAAAAAAUACCCAGAGGUGGCAGCUUUGCAAUUCCCUCCCAAGAAGUGGUUUGGAAACAGAACAGAAAAAGUUGUAAAGGAAAGACAAAAUCAGCUGCAGGAAUAUGUUCAGCAUGUGCUGAGGGUUUGCAGGAAGAACCCAGAUUGCCCCCUGCAUCCAAACAAAAGCAAAUAUCUUUCUAAGCAGACACUAUUUGAAUUUUCACCCUUUUUUAAGAAAGGAGUAUUCGAGUCUUCAAAACAUGGUACAGGAUAGACAUUUCCCAUGACAGUGUCAGCACAAGAAUUCCAGACUUGUUUAUAAAUGUUAUGUUUAAUAUUCACUUAUCAUAAAUUUUUUGGUCUACAGCAUAAACUUCUAUACCAACAGGACUAUUAUUUAUAUACAUAUAUGUACAGUAAUAAAUAUAAUGUUUUUCUUUGCAUUAAAAAUGGUUUGGUGAAUGUGAUCAAGCUUUAUAUGCUGGUGAUAACUGGCCAAUUUUUUUGUUGUAAAUAAUAUCCAAGCUGUUUAUAAAUCGAUACAACAGUAAUAUCAAAUAUAUGGCACAAAUGUAGUUCUAUAACUGAGUUUGUAAACGGUAACAGAUUUGACUAGAACAUUAUAAGCCAUGGUCCGAUGUGCAAUUCAAUUUGAUAUUUUGUUUUUAACUUUUAAUAUGAGGUAUUAUAUAUUAUGAAAGUAAAAAAAACUUUGUUAAAACAACUGAAUAGUUUCAAUGAUAUGCAUUUAUUAAUCAUUUACAGGUAACUUAAUUGAACAAUGUUUAAAUGAAGUUUUGUAUAACCUUGCAUUUAAAAAGUACUACUAAUACAGUAAUAGGGCAUGAAAACUCUAAUGAAUUGUGCUAGAGGUGCUACAGAUAUUUGCUCAACUGUUUUUCCCCCACUGAAAGUCAUGAGAGAGAAAGAUGGUCUCUAUUGACACCUUAUUAAAAUUUUGGGACGACCGACAUUUUGUGAUGUAAACUUACUUUUAACU